AUUAUAUAUCCUCAAAUAACGAAAAACAAUUAUAAAAUAUAUAGACAUGGUAAGUUGGUGAAAUCCUAUAAAUUAGGAUCAUUAUCAUCAAAGCUGAUCAAUAAAAGUAAUUAAAAUUCCCUAAUCCUAACGAUAAUUGUAAAGUAAAUUAAAAAAAAAUGUCAGGCAGAGAUGGUUUGAUAGUGAUUGACGGUAGUGAGUUAAGCGGAGCAAACGCAUCAAUUCCGGAAGAUGUAAUAACCAAAGGCAUGAGCCAAGAAGAGUUUUUUGAGCUGGCAACCUCACGCGUUUCUGAGUUUCUCUACGGUUUAGAAUUGUCACCGUCUUCUCCGAUGAUAAACUUUGGUUUUAAAGAUCUUUAUAACUUUGAUCAACUGCUGGAAGAAGAUCCUCAACGUCUUCUCCAAGAUUUUUUUUAUGUCGUUUCUGAAAGAUUGAAAGCUUCACCUUUAGUGGUGUCCAUUCUAGAUGGAAGCAAAAUUUAUAAGUACUUGGAGAAUGAAGAAGAUUAUGCAACUUUGGUAGAUAAUCUUUUCACACAAUUAGAUACUUUUGAAGAGGGUAAUCUAAUCAAGACUGAAAUAAGGACUGCCUUACUUGCUUUCGGGUCUAAGAUUGGUGUUUGUUCUUUCUCAGGUUUACCAAUGAUAGAUGAUUUAAUGAAGAGAUAUGGAAUUGAUGAAGGAGAAGAAAAAUUAGACAAACAACAAUUUGCAGAGUUACUUAAGCCUAUCUUGCAAGAUAUUGCAGAUGCUUUGGCUCUUAACCAUCUCACUGUCGAAAGCAAUGUUACCUUAGCAAAUGGUGGAAUUCUCAAACAGCUUUUGGAAGAAGAGAUGAUUUUAGAUGUCUUAAGGAAUGUGUUGUACCAGCUAAGCAGUAAUAGCGAGGAAGAUGUGAGUUUUGCGGAUGUGGUCAAGACUUUCUUUGAGAUGAAUGCAACAACGUAUGGAAUCCCUCCUUAUGAUGCCAAUGAUGAAUCUUUGGUUCUUCUGUUUGAUUCUGUUUUUUCUGACAAUGAUUUCCAAAAAAGAGCAAUGGAUUUGAGCAAAGAUGAAGUUGGGGAUCUGGGAAAGAAAGUUCUUGAGAAAUUUGCGCAAGAGUUAGAAGCCAAUCCCUUGUUUUAUUAGAUUCAUUUUCAUUUGAAUGCAACUAGGCAUUCCCGUCAAUAUCUUUUUUUUUUUUUUUUUUUUUUUUUGUAAUUUUAAUAAGUUUUGUAUGAUCUUUUUGGAUUGUUUUCUAAUAAAGUAUUUGCAAAUGAUUGAGUUGA